GCGAGACUCCCGAUGUGCAACGUCACGCCUUCCUGGAGCGCGUGGCCCGCGCAUGCGCGCUGCAGCCAUCUGCGCAGCGCGGGAAGUGGGACGUAGCUGACCUGCGGCGGCUUUAAUAGAGGCGAGCAUGGCGCCUCUCCGACUCCAGGUUCGGAAGUUCGUCUCCAAGCAGUUGCGCAGCUGUCGGGAUCUCAGCAAACUGAGCCAGCGCAUAAUCAAGCAGCGGUAUCUGCAGCAUGUGGGACGGGACUCGCUAAGCAGCGAGGAGUUGCAGCUGCUGAAACGGGCUGUGGAGGAGGAGCUGCUCAACAUGGAGGACAGCAGCAGUGACGAUGAACCUCUCAGUAGGAAGGUGUCUAAAAGGAAGAGACGGGAGGAUGAAGAGGAGGAUGAGGAGCAUGCAGAAGAGGUGGCAAAGCUGAAGAAGUCUCGACUAGAAGUAACGCCCCCAGACUCUCCAGAUUCCGGAAUAGAGAGAGCAGCCAAGGAGCCCCAAGGUGCUGGAAGGAAAGUGAAAGAUGAGGAAGAGAGCAGUGAAGCUGGGAGUGAGGAAGAGGAAAAACCAUCCAUAGCGGCGGCUCCCAAAAGGAAAGAGAGGGAGAAGGGACAACGCAGGAUUACCAAAAAGACAGGCACUGGGAAGAGCACAGACGGCCAGAAGGAGGAGGGGAGUGAGGAAGAGGAUGUCAAGAGGAGGAAGAAGAAAGGGAGAAGGCGGGAUGAAAAAUCAGCGGACGAGUCGCACAGUGAACAAGAAGAGGAGGGAGAGAAGGAUGUGGAUUCAGACACUGAUGAGGUGGAAAGUGCAAAGGAGAAGAAAGGAGGAAGACAGAAAGGGUGGAAGGCUCCUCCGGAGAGUGGAGAAGAGGAGGAGAAUCCCCCGGAAAAGGGGAGUAAGGUGGCGGCAGAGUGGGAAGAGCGGGACACUGAGAGUGAGGGGGAUGAGCAGCAGGAGGCUGCGGGCAAGAAUCGCUCCAAACAGUCCGAAGGGAGUGAUAGUGAGCAGGAGCACAAAGAGCACAGGAGAGGGGCAGGUGCAGCAGAGGGGGCUUGGCAGCAAGACGGGAGCAAGCAGUCUUCAGGAGAAGAUGGAGAAGAAAAAUCAGGAGCAGCGAAGGCGGAGAGUAGAGGGGGUUUAGGGUCAGAUUCGGACUCUUCAUCCCUUCCUUCCUUGGAGGACGAGGAGGAGGAUGGUCAGGGCAGUAAAGUCAAGCCCCAGCAAGUGAAGAGUCAGAAGAAGUCAGAGGAAGGAUGUGGUACCUCCAAAAGAAAAGGGAAUGAAGAGGACCCAGCGGUGGUCAGGUUCAAGCGCUACAUCGCCCUCUGUGGCGUGAGGCGGAACUACAAGAAGCUCCUUGACGGAUGUCGCUCUGUCAAGUCGAAGGUCGCUGUGCUGAAGCGGGAGCUGGAGGAGCUAGGGGUCAAAGGUCAGCCCUCGAUAGAGAAGUGUAAACAAGUGCGGCUCAAGCGAGAGGAAGCCCAGGAGCUGGCGGAGCUGGACGUGUCCAACAUCAUAACCACACAAGGUCGGCCCCGGCGCAGAGCAACGUCCCUCUGGCCGCCUCCCAAGGCGCCCCCGUCCCCAGCGGCCCCCUACAAACCCAUGUUGGGCUCCAGCUCGGACAGUGAGGAUGGCGCCCCAGCAGGCGGACCGACCCGGAAGAGGGGCACGGACUGGAGCAACCUGCGAGGAAUAAUCAGCGAUGAUGCCGAAAGCGAGUGACCAGCAGGGGGCGCUCUGGUCAAACCUGUGCUGUUCGUGCUUUUGUACUUCUGUUGCUGUUUAUUGAGCUUUAAUAAUUUAGAGAUCUAGUUUUGUAUAACAUUUUUAUCAGUGUUUCAUAAGCAAUAGCUCCACUCAUAGAGAAUAACAUAGUGAAGACAACCGAAUGCUCCUCCUGACCCUCUGAGGGUCUCUUUUCCUGAUGCUGUGUUCUUGUCUGUCUUUUCCGCUGCUUUGUUCUUCCUGUUUAAGUAGUCGGGGUCACAGAUUUGUGUCCAUUGUCGUCCUCUGGGGACCCGCAUGUCCUUCACACCCCUGCUGUGAUAAAAGCAUCGAUCCUGGGCCGAGAUUACAGGCAACGCUGCUGUCGUAAUGACAUAAGGACACAUCUCUUCCCACCGCACUUCUGUCUGUUUCUCAUUUUGCUAUUUUAACUUAAUAGAAACGGCGAUUUAAAUAAAGGUUGUAAAAAAAGAAAACGAACUGAACGUCACGUUUGAUGGAGCUGUGGUUGCGCCGCACGGCCAUGGCCCAAACCUGCUGCCGCCGCCGCUUCCUGAUUCGGGGACAGGAAUGCGACCUGCACAUCCAGUCGUCGUCGGGGAGGAUGUGAGACUUGGGUUGAGACAAUAAGCUCAUUGAGUGGUGAAGAAAUAGUGUCUUGUUUUCUUGUACAAACGUUAAAAUAGUUGUCAUGGAAGUUUUGAAAUAAUCUUUUGUUGCAUUUUUUUUUUUAAACAAACAGAAUGGCAUUUCAGAUGAGCUUUAAUAUCACCACGGGUUUGUGCUUGUAAGGCUUCAGCCUAAAGGCCAGAGAUGUGUUCAUGCUUACUGGUGUCUUGUAGGGGGGGGGGGUUACACUUACCUAUGGUCUGACCUCCACCAGCACCCCCACUGAACUUCUGAAGGUAGCAGUGCUACGAGAUGAGCUGGUACCUUUUACUAAAUAAGCCUAGUGGGGCUGUUCAGAGUUAAGGGCCCUGCUCAGGGACCUGACGAUAACCUUCUAGUCUUAGGCCGCAGUGCGCUAACCUGCUGAACAACGUUCCGGCCAGCACCAUGUUGGAUGUGUUGCAAUGUUGGCAGAUGGUAGGAAUCCAAGCUUCACGUCUUCGCUUACUCUGGGAAGGUGCAGCAGAGUGAUGACGGGGGCACGAGGCAGCCACCGUGGAAGCCUCUAAAGUGCCGCUUUCAAAGCAGCAGUUGCGAGUCACCAGCUGCGCUUAAGGGCUGUGACCCUUGACAGCCACUGUGCAUUGUCUUCAAGGCAGCCUCCCUAAGAUCCACAGAGCAUGACCUUCGUGGCUGUGACCUGUGACAGCCACUAUGCGUUACCUUUGAGGCAGCUUUUCUAAGAAUUACAGAGCGUGCCCUUUGUGGCUGUGACCAGUGACGGCCACUAUGCGUUCCCUCCAAGGCAGCUUCCCUAGGAACCACAGAGCGUGCCCUUCGAGGCUGUGACUCGUUACAGCCACUAUGCGUUCCCUCCAAGGCAGCCUUCCUAGGAACUGCAGAGCGUGCCCUUCGAGGCUGUGACUCGUUAUCUAUGUGUUCCCUUUGAGGCAGCUUCCCUGAGAAGCACAGAGCGUGACCUGUUAUGCUGAUGAACCCAGCUCUGUGAACUAAAUCCAACUCUACUUUUCCACCAUCCUCUUCCUGUAAUCAUCCACAACAAAUUAAAUGUUUUCUGUCCUCUAAUUUUCUCAAAUAUAAUAGUAAUAAAACAGGUUCUCCUAAUUGGUACUAAAACUGCUUUAGUUAAGCAAUUUGUCUUUGACAGAUGACAAUUUCAUUGUUCCUCCAUCCCCCCAGGUCACAAGGCUGGGUGUCAUCCUGCAUAGUAUGUUACCUUUUGAAGCUCAUAUUAAUAUUACUCCAACCACAUAUUUUCACCUACGCAAUCAAUUGUCUACAUCCACCUCUUACAUCUAAUAGCACUGCUGUUCUUGUACAUGCUGUGAUUACAUCUCGUGUUGAUUACUGCAUUAUUAUCCUCUCUGUUAUUCUACAUAAACUUCCCCACAAACUUCAAAUGGUUCUGAAUCCAGGUGUCCGUGUCAUUAGCAGAACCCAUUUCCACAGAACAUAUUAUUCCUGUCCUCCAGCAACUUCAUUGGCUACCUUGUUAGAUACUAGAUUGACUUGAAGAUUCUGCAUAAUCUUGUAUCUCUGAUCUCUUUCACAUCUGCGCACCCUUAAGUGAUCUUCCUCCAUCAGUGUUACUAUACCUCCUGCUCCCUGAAUAUAUGGGGUUUAGUGUUCAGCUGUGUCGCUUCUCGCCACUGGAGUUCAUUCUCUCAAUACUUACAAAAUAUUGAUUCUUUUCCUAUCUACAAAUCCUACCUUAAAACAUAUUUUUUAACACUUGCUUAUUCUGUCUGACCCUGUCAUUCCAUGUGGUUAAGCUCAAACCACUUGCCCUUUUAUAUCUUUAUUUCUUUGUUUAUUAUUUGUUUGUUUUUAAGUUUAUUUCACAUUUCCCCCCUAUUUUGAUUUAAUUGAUUGCUACUAUGUGUCUUGUCUUUUUUAUUGUCAUAAAUGUAUUGCUGAUUGUUUGCUAUUGUAUUUUGUUUGAUUUUAUUUUCUUUCAAAGGUGUCUAUAAAUGAAAUGUAUUAUUAUUAUCGCCAUUUUUUUUAAUGAGUUGUUGCAAAAAAUGAAUACACCCACCGUAAAUUACGAUGGAACUAAGGGGAGCACAUCCCCCUGAAAAAACGACAUGAGCUCCCUUGAAAUCCACCCCUAAAACAUUUAGGGGGAAUACUAACAAUUGUCCACUUUUGUGUUGUAGGAUAUAUUCUGUUGCCAUACAUCAAGGUUCCUGAAAUAAAUUAAUAAUAGUAUAAAUA